GUUGCGCCAUACCAGACCUCGCCCUCCCUCCAGUUCCCCCCCUUCAAUCGCAACAAUGCUCACCCUCACCACCCUCUUCCUCCUCGCCCCCCUCGCCCUCGCAUCCGCCCCCUCCAUAACCAACACGCAAUGGAAAAAAACCCUCUUCCUAGACGACUUCACCGGCAGCGCCAACACCCUCCCCUCCUCCUCCAACUGGAUCCUCCAAACCGGCACCCAAUACUCCGGCGGUCCCUCCCAAUGGGGCACCGGCGAAGUAGAAACCUACACCACCUCCACCGCCAACGUGCGUCAAGCCGGCAACGGAUCUCUCCUCAUCAUCCCGCAAAAGUCCUCGAGCGGACAAUGGACGUCCGCCAGAAUCGAAACCCGAGCGAAUAACUUCGCCGCUCCCGUGGGUGGGAAACUGAGAAUCGAAGCGAGGAUUAAAUUGCCGUCCGUCACGACGACGAAUGGACAGGGAUAUUGGCCGGCGUUUUGGGCGCUGGGAGGGGACUUUCGGAGUAAUCGACAGAGCUGGCCGGGGGUGGGGGAGAUUGAUAUCAUGGAGAAUGUGAACGCUCAAACCGGCGCGACGAAUGCGUUGCAUUGCGGCACCAAUCCCGGCGGUCCCUGUAAUGAACCGAACGGCCUCGGCGCCGCCACCUCCUGCCAGGGCUCCAGCUGUCUCGGAAACUUCCACAUCUACGAGAUAGUAAUCGACCGCACCGUCUCCCCCGAACGGCUGAAUUUCUGGGUCGAUCGUGUCCUCCAUCGCACCCUAACGCAGUCGCAAUUGGGCGCCACGACGUGGAAGAAUACGAUUCAAAAGGGGUUCUAUGUCAUUUUGAACGUGGCGAUUGGAGGGAGUUUUCCGAAUGCCGUUGCGGGGAGGGGGACGCCGAAUUCGAGCACGGUGGGAGGGAGGGCGAUGGAGGUGGAUUAUGUUGCUGUUUGGUCGACGUAG